UUUUUUUUUUUGUCUUUUGAUCUUUUUCCCUCCUUUCCCUCCUUUCCCUCCAUUCCUUUCUUUUCUCUUUUUAUAUAUAUAUCAUGUCCUUAUUUCUCCAUUUUACUAUUUUGGUCAGCUUGAUGUUAACAAUAGUCAAAGCUCAAGUGGGACCAUCCAUUAUUAGUCCUGCUAACAAUGCUUCUGUAUCUCUUGGAAAGUCACUUGAAGUACAAUACUCCUAUCCUAAUCUUGGACCUGGUACCUAUACUGUUGAUGCAAGCUUAUGGCAAGAUGCAAGUGCAACUCAAUUGAUUCAAAACCUUCUUACUGGUACCUCUGUUCCUGAAGGUGUUUCAAAUGGUACCAACAAUGCUUUUAACAGUACAACCACAAUCUCUUUACAAAUUCCAUCAAAUUUGAACGAUACUUUCUAUUUAACUCUUCUUCAACAUGUCAAGACUCAAAGUGGAAAUACAUAUGAUGUACGAUCUGCUCCUAUGAUGCUUCACAGUGGUGCUAUAUCUCACUUGCCUCAACCGAUGAUUGUGUUAUUGUCUAUUACUUUGGUUAUUCUUGGAUUCUUGGCCAUGUGAUCUUCCCAGGUAGUGAUAUUGAAGCAAGCUUUGGUCUACUUUAUCUAUUAUUGUCUUUCUCCCUCUUAUGCAUCCGUAUAUUACCUGUCGUCUACUUAAUUUGUUGUAGUUUUAGUUAGUUACCAUAUUUAAUAAAAAAAAAACUUUUUAUCAUUCCUCUA